AUGCACAGAGGCAGCACUUACCUCGACUUUGAGGCUGGGAGGAGCCUGGCGCUGCAGGAAGAGGAGCUGCGUGGAGCGUAUGCAGGCUCCUCGGGCCGCAUUUCGUUCGGGCGCGCUCCUCUCGGGCGCGCGUUCUUCGGCAUCCUGGCUGCCCGGGCUCUGGCCGUCCAAGUGGUGGCCUGGCUGCUCCUCUGGGAGGCCGCCGGGCUCACCUGGGCGCCCGCCACGGCCCUCACUGCCCCCGCCAGCGACGCUGGCAUAAGGGCCACUUGUUCUGAAAUUAUUUUGAAGCAAGAAGUUUUAAAAGAUGGUUUUCACAGAGACCUUGUAAUAAAAGUGAAACUUGGAGAAAGCAUUGAGGACUUACAGACCUGCCUACUCUUAAUUAAACAUUACAUCCCAUCAGGACUUUUUGUGGAUCCAUAUGAGUUGGCUUCAUUACAAGAGAGAAACAUAGCAGAGGCAGUGAUGGUUUCGGAAAAUUAUAAUAUAGAAGCUCCCAGCUAUUUGUCCAAGGAAUCUGAAGUUCUCGUUUAUGCCAGAGAAGAUUCACAGUGCAUCAAUUGUUUCCAAGCUGUUUUGCCUGUGCACUACCGCUAUCAUCGGCCACAUAGUAAAGAUGGAGAAACUUCUAUUGUGCUCAAUAACCCUGAUUUAUUGAUGUAUUGUGACCAAGAGUUUCCAAUUUUGAAAUGCUGGGCCCAGUCAGAAGUGGCAGCUCCUUGUGCUUUGAAGAAUAAGGAUAUUUGCAAAUGGAGCAAUAUGAAAUAUAAAUCAGUAUAUAGGAAUGUGACUCUGCAGGUUCCAGUGGGACUGACUAUACAUACCCCUUUAGUAUGUUCUGUGACUCUGCUCAUUACCAUCCUGUGUGCUACUUUGAUCCUUGUGGCUGUUUUCAAAUAUGGUCAUUUCUCCCUAUAAGUUUUAUGCAAUUAAAUGCUUCCCAUAAACCUAGAUAAGACCUAUUUACUUGUGAUUAGAAAUGUUCUAGAGUUAUAUCAUUACUUUUGUCUUCAUUUUUGCCAAAAAUUAUGUUUACUAGAAGACAUUUUGGAUCGUUCUCAAUUAAUUUUAAAACAGUGCUCUGUUAUGUACAUUUGAUAAUCCUCAAGCAUCAGGAGCCAAUAGGGGAAACUUAAUUCUGUUAAAUUACUGUUUAUUUUGUGAGAAGUGACUUUAUCUUCAUUUGGGUUAUAACAAUGAGUAGUUUAUGUCCUAGAGACAAAUCUUUCUCAUUUUGUGAAGAGGAACAUUUAAAUUUAAGCUAAAAACUGAGAAAAUAAUUAUAAAUAAGAAUAAAAUAAUUUGGAUGAAUCAGUAUUUAAAUGCUAAUUUUAUUAGAAUAUUGAAAUUGUCCAGAGAAUCAAAGAAAAUCAUUAUGUAGAACAGCUAAGCAAUUAUUAAUAUCAAAAUUGGUUAUUCCUUAAAAUACUUCCAUUCUCCUAUGUUUUAUACUCUUUUGAAUAUAUGAAUUAACAAAGGGUUUGAUGAAACUAUGUACUAAGAUUUCUCAUUUAGUACUAAAUUUGUCAGGAAGACAAUUCAGAUUGUCAUUUUAAAGUAUAUUUUAUUAAGUUGUACAUUUACAAAAAGUCUUUUUUAUAUCUUCAGGUGAUUCUUAUUUUAAACAAAAGAUCUUGAUUCACUGGUUUUCUUUGGAAAAAAUUAAAAAAUAAAGUAAGUGAUAUAAGCUAAUUAAAAAAUAAAAGGGCAGGCAUGCCCUUCUAUUUAUUUAGGGGCAACUUAUUUAGGGUAGGUGUGCCCCAAAACAGAAGCCAUUAAACCAGGAUAUGUUGGAAUUGUUUGUUUUAAAUGAGUAAUGGGAUGU